GUGGGUCCUUACUUUAACUCCGGAAUAUUUUAUCAAGAGUCCCGAAAUACAUUUCAGAUUAAGUCAGAUUGUCCACAAUAAAAUGUACCGGUUAAUUGCUGACCAUAAACUCAUCAAACAAUUAACCGGCCAAAUAAUGCAAGCGGUGGAAAUGGAGCUAAAACUUUGCUAGACAACUAACUCUAUACAUUCAUCAGUGAUGAAGGCUCCAUACGUAGGAAGCUCCCAAGAAUGAAAAGAAAUAAAUACAUUGCAUUGUGAGAGGGACCCAUUCAAUAGUGAUGGCUUUAGUUUCUUCCACACAAUUGAAGCUCUACACACGUAUCAUCUUUACCAUUCAGCAACAAACCAAAAGAAGCUCAAUCAAAGUUUAUUUCAGGCACCGCAGAAGAAGAAAAAUGAGUCUAGAGCACUAUUCUUCAAUAGGAACUCAAUUCCAUCACCAUCUUCAUCAUAUGACUUUUGUGCUCCAAGCUAUUCUGAAGUUGCCUAUAUAAAGGGCCAUUUGAGAGCUGCGAAAGACACACCAAUUCGGAGAGAAAUCUCCUCUUUUCUUUAGAUUUAGUUUAUAUUAGUAGCCAUAUAAUAAAAGUGAUUCUGUCAAGAACACUUUCUGUAUAGAUUCCAGUUUUCCCUAUUCCAGUUCAUCCAUGUUCAUAAUUUAUGCCUUCAUGUUCUUAUUCAAAUACUCAUUUUAUUUUCUUUAAUCUGUUAAAUUAAUUAUGUCUAUCAUAAAUUUUACUUCGUUUACUAUAAUUAUGUGUAACUAAAUUAGUUUUAGGUUUGGGCAAGAUGUAAAUUUUACUGUUAAUGUUCAUAUAAUAAUAAUUGGUUAAAACUAUUACUUGGUUAACUUUAGAAGUGUUGGGUUGAAUACUCUGAUCUGCUAAAUACAUUAAUAUUGGAAAUGAAUAUUAUCACAGGAGUGAAAUUUCAUUAAAAUCCAUUUAGUUAAUUCACCCACUAAAUUGCUACACGAAAGUGUUAAGGAAUUUUGGAUAAAUUGAUUUUGUACUUUUUACUGUCUUAAUAAAAUCACCGCGGGAGCGGAAUUAAAUUAAGAUAGUGUAAUCAACUAAGUCGUGGGAACGAUUAGAAGAUUACCAUUUGUAAAUCUUUCACACGCCUAAAAGUAACUAAGUUAAUUAGUCAAAUCUUUAUUAUUAUGAACAUCAAAAUAAAAUUACUCUUAGCCCAAGCCUAAUUUUCUUUGUAUCAUUAAUUGUUAAUAUAUCAAGCAUUGUAAUUUAUUUUACUCAUUUAGCAAUUCUGUAUUCACAAAAAAAAACAAGAUAAAAAAAAUUUGAUCACUUAGCUCCAUUGCAAAAUGUUAUCAAUUUGUGAUUAGCUAAAAAUCAAUCAUUAAUUCUAGUAGUCUUUGUGAGUCAUUCUCUAGCGGAACGAUACUCACUUACUUUAUACUAUAUCGUUACAAGUAAAUUAAAACAUCAAUUCCAUUCACAUUUUUACAUCAUUUCACACUACACAUUUUGGCAUGUCAAAGAAAAAGUUUAUAGGCUGCGAGGUAUAUAUAGCAAGAUUGAUGAUUUUUUUCAGUCCAAGGGAUUCAGGAAGAGUAAGAAUGAGCCAACUCUUUAUGUAAUGCAGAAUAGAAACCAUUUUUGGGUGGUUUGUCUUUAUGUUGAUGAAAUAAUUUAUAUGGGUUCAUCUCAGUCCAUGGUUGAUGACUUUAAAUCUAGUAUGAUGGAAAAAUUUGAGAUGACUGAUUUGGGUGUUUUGAAGUAUUUUUCGGGGCUUGAGGUGACACAAAGGGAAGACGACAUUUUUAUAUCUCAGGAGAAGUAUGCUACUGAUCUCCUAAAAAAUCACAUGUCCGAGUGCAAGACAGCAACUACUCCUAUGAACAUCAAUGAGAAGUUGCAGUGUAAUGAUGGAACUAAGCAUGCUGAUGGCAGAAUGUACAUGAGUCUUGUGGGAGGAUUAAACUAUCUCACACACUAGGUCGGAUAUAUUAACACAUAAAUGGGAACAUUUAUUAAACACAUAUUAACUUUUUACUGUUUUCUUAAAAAACAGUAAAAAGUUACAAAAUGAGAGAUGAACUAUACCAAAACCUCUAAGAGCGGGCAUACCUGCUCGAAACACAAGACAAGAAAGACAAAGAGAACAAGAAAUAAAAUAAAUAAUUGGGGGGGGGGGGGCAUGGGGUAGAUCAGAGACCGUUAUACAUAUAUCGUAUUUGUCUUGUUAGGUAAAUUUCCAGCCCUGUAACCGUCUCAUUACUAACGGGUAUUUUUUAUUCAAACCAUAACCGUCCAAAGGAUAACAGGUAUAACCGCAGGUAACCGAUUUAUUAAAUGAGUCAUUGAUAUUUUAAUAUAAAAAUUAAUAUUUUUAAAGGUGAAAAUGAUAUCACCUAGACGACUCUAGAUGUCAGACGCCACUCAAAUUAAAGUUUUUUAUAUCUACAAAACGAGAAAUAAGACAACCUAAACUAAUUUGAAUAUAAAAAUACUUAUACUGAAAAAUAGUUACCCACAAAAAAAACUGAUAAUAUUCAAACAAGACUACUAAAAUCUUUGAUAAACACUCAUUCAUACACUAUAGUUAGUACAUUCAUUAUUCAUAUAUACACAUUGAAAAGGGAAGGGAAAGAUAAUAGGAAAAAUUGUAAUAAAAAUAUAACUAAAAAUAAAUGGGGCAGGUACGAGGUAGGUAAUGGGGCAGACAUAUAUAAAACCGUAACCGCCUGAUUACUCGUAAAAACAAAAUGGCUAUUCCCGGCCUUGUACUCAUUACCAUGUCAAUGCUGUUUUCCUCGUUUUGAUUGGGGCGAUUCGGUGCCGGUAUAUCCACCAUAUCGGUCACAAUUGUCAUCCCUAAUAACCAUAUUUACAACCUUCGCUGCACGUUCUUUUUAAUUGCAACAGUUUGACUUUCAUAUUUGUCAACACAUAACUUUGUCUGUAAUUAUAUAUUACGGAGUAUUCCGUAGUAGCUAGUAAGCUUUAUAAAAAGAAUAUUUCGGAAUUCAUAUUAAUAGAAAUUUAAUUAUAUUUUAUACAACGUACAUAAUAAUUUGAUGAUAUAUAUUACUAAAUGAACAUGAUCAAAGUAAGAUGUAUAAAUAAUACAAAAAUCAAAGUGUUUCAAUGAGAGAUUGAGGAUAGAGACAAUACCAGUUAGGAUGUUUUUACUUGGACUGUAAUUUGUUGGUCUGGUUUGGUCUGGUCCGGGCUGAUCUGGUUUGGGAGGAAUUACAGUCCAAGUAAAAACACCCUUACUCAUUUAUUUUGGACUCAAUAUAAGUAUUCUUUCAAAUAAUGACGCUCAGAGCAUGAGAUGAUGAGAUGAGAUACAAAUUAAGCUACCUCACACAAAUUAGGUUCCGUGAGGGUAUUACUUUCCAUUAAAACACUCCAGCUACUUGAAUGAUUUCUUCUUAAUUCAUGUAUAAUCUUUCAGUGUACAAAUUUAUUUUUAUUAUGAGUCCAUGAGAUGACUUAAGCUUAGCCUGUUGUGUACGUAAAACACUCGUGUUCACGUAUGACAUUGAAUGCAUAUAUAUGGCUUUCAGUAGAAGAGUAAAGAGUUAUUCUAUUAGGAAAUUCUUGAGGCAAAGAUAUCCAAAACACAUCUUGUAUAAUUAAUAGCAAUUAUGCAUGUAAGUCAACUAUUUAAUUUGU